AUGAGUACAAGCAAUGUGACAGAAAUCAUUUUCUUGGGCUUUUCCCAGCAUCAGAACAUACAGAAGACCAUUUCUGUGAUAUUUCUCCUGAUGUACACAGCCAUUGUGCUGGGUAAUGGCCUUAUUGUGGUGACUGUCAUGGCCAGCAAAGGACUCUCCUCCCCGAUGUAUUUCUUCCUCAGCUAUCUGUCCUUGGUAGAGAUGUGUUACUGUUCUGUCACAGCCCCCAAGCUCAUCUUUGACUCUUUGCUCAAGAGGAAAGUCAUUUCCCUCCAGGGCUGUAUCACACAGAUAUUCUUCCUCCAUUUCUUUGGUGGCACUGAGAUCUUUCUUCUGACAGUCAUGGCCUAUGACCGCUACGUGGCUAUCUGCAAGCCUUUGCACUAUGUCACCAUCAUGAACCGGCGAGUGUGUGGCCUCCUGGUUGGGGCAGCAUGGGGUGGUGGCUUGCUUCAUUCUGCUGGACAGGCCUUCCUCAUUUUCCAGCUGCCCUUCUGUGGCUCAGUCAUUGACCACUACUUUUGUGAUGUACAUCCAGUGUUGAAGCUGGCCUGCUCAGACACCUUCCUCAUUAGCCUGCUAGUCAUUGCCAAUGGUGGCUCCAUCUCAGUGAUCAGCUUUGCGGUACUGCUGGCUUCCUAUGCGGUUAUUCUGCACUCCCUGAGGGGUCACACAGCAGAAGGGCGGUGCAGGGCACUCUCCACCUGCGCUUCUCACCUUGCAGUGGUGGGUCUGUUUUUCAUACCCUGCUCUUUUGCCUACAUGAGGCCCUGUGUUACCCUGCCUGCAGACAAGGUUGUGGCUGUGUUUUACACAGUGGUCACGCCUUUCUUAAAUCCCAUUAUUUAUUCUUUCAGGAAUACUGAGGUGAAAAAUGCUGUACGGAGACUUGUGUGGAGGAAGGUGACUUGGGAAGAGAGAUGA